CUGAUGUGAUGUCACACUGAGCUGAUACAGCUCAGGGACUAUCUCCCUUCUACAGACAUUUGAUAAAAUCAGGAACUUCAGAUAAGUCUAGGGAAGGUUCUCACCUCAGAACCUAUUACAGAAAAGUAUGAAAGCUAAUUAGGGCCCUUCCCCUAUCCUGAGAUCCAUUACAACAAGGGGACUUCAAGGAGUCCAAAGAUCUCACUUUUGUUGUUUUGUGGUUUUUUUUUUUAAUGCAACUUCUAAAGUCAGUUAUUCUGGAUGUUUGAAAAUUGAAAUUAGAAAAUUCACUAAGAAGUUGGCUGAAUGUUGCAAGCUUGCAAAAUGGAAGGAUUUCCCCUCAUUUCCCCUUCCUCAGAAGACGUGGUAUCCUAUGAGUCAGACCUCUACCGUCAGCCCCAUGACUAUUACCAAUAUCUCAACAGUGAUGGAGAGAGUCACGGUGACCAUUACUGGGAGUAUCACCCACAUCACAUGCACAGUGAGUUUGAGAGCUUCGGGGACAACCAAUUUACAGAACUCCAGAGUGUACAGCCUCCUCAGCUGCAACAGCUCUAUCGGCACAUGGAGUUUGAGCAGAUGCAUGUCCUAGACUCGGGGAUCCCAACCACACAUAUUGGCCUCAACCACCAGGUCUCCUAUUUGCCUCGGAUGUGCGUACAGUAUUCCUCUCCACAUCAGCCCAGCUCUGAUGAGGAGGAUAUGGAGAGGCAGAGCCCCCCUUUGGAGGUAUCAGAUGGGGAGACUGAUGGUGUGGACCCACGUCCUGGAAUUAUACAUGGAGAGCCAGGCAGCAAGAAGAAAAUCCGUUUGUAUCAGUUCCUUCUGGACCUUCUUCGAAGUGGAGAGAUGAAGGACAGCAUCUGGUGGGUUGACAAGGAAAAAGGCACUUUUCAGUUCUCCUCCAAACACAAAGAGGCACUGGCACACCGCUGGGGCAUCCAGAAGGGCAACCGCAAGAAAAUGACCUAUCAGAAGAUGGCACGGGCACUGAGAAACUACGGCAAGACGGGGGAAGUCAAGAAGGUCAAGAAGAAGCUGACCUACCAGUUUAGUGGAGAGGUAAUGGGAAGGGGAAGCACUGAUAGGAAGCAUUAUCCUCACUGAGCACAGGCCUUGGGACCCUGAGCAAAUCAAAAAAUGAAGACCUCCUGGCUGGAUACUGGCAAAGGAGACGGACGCAUCUUUCUCUUUGCUUCACAUGCCCACUUCUCUACCUUCUCAGGGCUUUUAACGUCCGAUGUUUCUGGUACGAAUUCCCUUCUUCAGCACUUGAGAAUCCUACAGAUAAGAGAAUUCUGCUUCCAUCCAACAAGCUGGACAGAGUUGGGAAAUUUUAGAAGUGUAUAAAUAUAUUAUUGUCAGAAAAUAUUUGUUUGAUUGUGUUGUAAUUAAUGGAUACAGCUGAUGAGGUUUUGCCCUUCAAAGGCAGUGCUGUGUCAUCUUCAGUGACACUGCAUUAGCUUACAGCUUUUAAACUAGCAUUAAUACAGGCUCUGCCGCAGCUCUCAACAGCUAGAGAGAAGUUUGCAGAUCUUGGAAAGAUACCUGUUCUGUUUAAAUAGUAAUAACAUGUAUAUAUUUAAUAAAAUUUGAUAUAAUGAAAUCUUGGUGUUUGCAUGACAGAUGGCUGCUUCACAAACUAGUCUCACUUGCAUUUACACAGUAUCAGCUCAAGUAUGCUAACUGGGUAUAGAGAAGAACAGGCUGCUGGACUUUAUCAACAUUUCAUGUCUCCAUGGGCUUCUUAUUUCCCUGGAAAUGUUAGAAGCAUUCUCAGACUAUGAAACAAAAGUGAGUAGGGAUCACAUUAUAGGAGGCUAUUGAAUCCUAAAAGUAACUAGGAAUCUGAAAAAUGCACACACUAAAGUCUCAGAUCACCACUGCCAUGCAUGCUGUAUCAUCAUUUUCACCUGUGCAUAUUAAAUGCAAAAAAGGUGCAAUACACCACCAAUUCAGAAUUUUCCACUCACUUAUACUGAUGGUUGCAAUUUACAACCACACAUUGCUAUGAACAUAAUUGGCUUACAUUAACCCAUGUUGGGGUAUACACCCAGGGUUUAUCUAUACUUGAAAUAUUACAGCAGCACAGCUGCAGGACUUCAGUGAAGAUACUAUCUAUGCUAAUGGGAGGGGUUCUCCUGUUGGCAUAGGUAAUCCACCUCCUUGAGAGGCAGUAGAAAGGUUAGGUCAGUAACGCUAUGUCUUUCAGGGGUGUGGAUUUUUGACACCCCUGAGAGAUGUAGCUAUGUCAAAGUUAAGUUUUCAGUGUAGACCAGCCCUUAUUCCUCUUUCAUUCAUCCUCUCUCCCUUGCUCCUCUCUAGACUAUGUCUACACUAUCACUUACAUCGGCAAAAUUUACGUCCCUCAGGAGUGUGAAUAUUCCACCAUCUCUGAUCGACAUAGUUAAUCCACCCCAAUGAGCGGCGGUAGCUUUGUCGACAGGAGAGCUCUCUCCUGUCUGCACAAAGUGGCUACAUGAGAGAUCUUACAGCGGUGCAACUGAAUCUGUACAGCUGUGCCACUGUAAACUCUCUAGUGUAGACAUAGCCCUGUUUGUUACAUCCACUCUUGCAUUUUGUCUUAAUUUAGAUUGUGAGCUCUUUUGCAUAGUGACUGUCCUUUUACCGUGUCUUUUACAGUGCUUAGCACAAUUGAU